UUUUCAGACCAACUCCAAAUAAUCUAUUAGUCAUAAAUAAAUGCUCAAAAAACUCAUGAGAGCAGAAGUAAAGUGGAUGUUCCCCGGAAGUCGUUGGCGACGAAAAACGCGUGUCUCUCUUUUUCCAUCUUCUGAAUUGCCCAACAACGACGGAUUCUCGUUUUUCUUUGGAAGCGUUGCCAUAGAUACUCUCUCUUUCUCCUUUUUUGACUACAACCAGCAUGCUCAUACACACUUACACACUCCUCCCAUUUUCAUAUCAAGUCGUCUUCAAGAAAAUGUAGAAAAAGAAGAAGAGAGGAAGCGACUCUUGAUUCUUUUAUAAGUGUCAAGAAGAAAAAGAAGGCGAUGGUAAAUGAGUAUGCCGAAAUUAUGGUUUUCUGGUGAAAGUGAUAAUUAUAAGUUAGAAGAUGAAGAAAAAGCGUCAGCAACGUAUUCUUCUCUGCGUACUGGUAUCCUAAGCCUCACACCUGGUGACCAAAAAUGUCGGUUAUACUGUAGUGGUCCCCGGUGUAGAUUCUGUAUCGUAGUAACUGGUCAAACUGAAAUUCAAGCAAUAGAUGGUUUAUAUUCAACAUGGAUAACAUCUGAUAUUCUUGCAAUGGCACGACUUCAAGUUGAACACUUUGACAGUUUGGGAAUUGUGGAGAAAUUCAAAACAAAUGGAAUACAAUCAGUCAUAAAUCUUCAAGAAAGCGGAGAGCAUUCAUUCUGUGGAAGCGGUAAUCUGACAAGUGGAUUUAGUUAUGAUCCAGAGAAUUUGAUGAGAAAUGGAAUUUAUCACUACAAUUUCCCACUCCCCGACUUCCAAGCAUGCACACCAAAUCGUCUAUUGGAUAUUGUCAAAGUGGUCGAUUUUGCAUUAUCCCAUGGAAAAAUAGCAGUUCAUUGUCAUGCGGGUCACGGAAGAACUGGAAUGGUGAUUGCUGCAUGGAUGAUGUAUGCUUUGGGAAUGUCUCCGAGUCAAGCAGUUGAUACAGUCAGAAGUAGACGUGCAAAAGCUGUUCAAAGUAAGGAACAGGUGAAAACAUUGCAUGAGUUCAGACUUCUAAUAAGGAACAAUGGAGGGAUGAUUAUUCCUAAAAAUAAAAUGACACAUAUUUCGGAAUAUGUGGCAUACAAUCAAAAGUUUAUAAGUAAACCAGAAUCUAGAUUAUACGGUAAAAUUCCUAAAAUAGUUUACAUUGCAAUGCGAAUAACACUUCAAAAAAUGUAUUCAUCAGUGAAUUUCGAAGUAGAAAACGAUUACCGUAUGAAAAUUAAAUGCGAAGGGCCAUUACCUGAAAAUAAAUCAUUCGAUGAACAAUUAUUAAAUGCUCAAUUAAAUGAUGAUGAUCAUGAAAAAACUCAUUUUUGGUAUAUGGAUCAAGUGAAGAAUGGGCUCUCAAUAUCUACAAUUAGUCGUCAAUUAGAGAAUGAAGAUUUUCGAGAUAUUAUACGUCUUCUUGAUUUGUUCUUUCAUUCGACAUUUCAUCAAUUGACGCAUAAAGAGGAAAUAUUUGCAGUUUUACAGAAUUGGGAUCAAACUGAAAAGGAUUGGUCUCCAACGUUUUGGUUUUUAUUAAAAUGUAUCCGUGAAAUGCCUAUUCCUCUUCAUUUGGCACUAUCACGUCUUAUUUCCAAAUGGUUCCUACGUUCUGAAGUGGAAAUCGCGUCACGCAUCAAACACAUUUUAUCAUCACCGGUUACUUCAAACGAGUAAAUUCAAUAAAAGUUUUUUUCGAGAAAUAAAAAAAAAUGAAAUCA